CAAAAUAAAAAAAAGGCCGAAAUUAAAGCAAAAAAUUUAGCAGUAGAAAAAAGCCGAGAAACUUUAAAAACCGAAAUCGCCCAACUAAAUAAGCAAGAAAAAGAAUUAAAAGAACAAUUUGCUAACUGUCAAAGCCUUUGCGAAAAGAAAUUAAGCAAAGAAAAAUUAACUUCAUUACAAAAAACGCUUUUUGAUAAAAAGGAGCGUUUGAAAAACUUGGCUCCUGCCUCCGCUGCUAGCACCUUAAAAGACAAAAAAAACUUAGAUAAAAAACAAUUGGCUAAUUCAUUAAAAAAGGAAUUAAAGCAGCAGUUAGAAGAAUUGGAAAAUGGCACCGGCGAAGAGGAUGAUAUUGAUAUUCAGAAUAAUCCACUUUUUAAAUAUUAUUUUGCUCGUCGCUAUUUGGAGAAAAAAGAUUGUCAAGAAAUAGAAGUUUUAAUCGGGCAAGUUCAAAAACUACAAAAAGAAAAAAAAGAGCAAGCUAGCCUAGAAACCGAACAAAAAUUAGUAAAUAAUCCUAAAUUAUUUGAAUAUUAUUUAGGAAUGUCAACUGAACGCAAUGGCGGCUGGCAAAGUUAUCGUUCUUUUUACAGAAAGCAUAAAGGCACUAAUGCUGAAAUUGGCAACUUUUACCUAAUUGAAGGAAUUGAGGAACCCACUGAAUUUAAAUAUUGA